UUACCACACUUAGCUGAGCUGCAGCGCAGAGGGCCAGACAGCGCGCAGCCUGAGAGAAAAGAUGUGCACGCCAACAGACGGCCUGAAAGACUGGCUGGCCUCGGCACAGCCCUGCUUUUGAUUAAGGAGCAACGGACAGUAGGUCACUCUCAAAUGCCAGGCCUUGCCAACUGACAUCAUCUGCAAUUUGCAAAAUGAGUGAGGUGGCCAUCCUUUACACUGGUGAAGCUGCUGAGUGGGCCAAUUAUCUCCAGGUCAUCUUUCAGUCCUCACGGCAAUUCCCUAAGAACUCUGUCGUCUUGCACCUAGUGGACAGCGAGGCCCCUCUGGAGGACCUGGACUCGAGGGCCCUCUCGGACGUCAGGUGCAUUUUACUCUUGCUGUCCGCCGUCUUCCUGGACAUUCAGAGUGAGCCGGAGGUAUACGAAACAUUCCAGAAUCUUCUGUGUUCUCCGCACACCGUGGUGGUGUUCCUGUGUGGAGUGUCCGAGGAGGACGUGAGCUCUGAUUACUUUGAACACUGGGACAGUUGGAAGAAGCUCACCGCUGAUGACGAGCCACAGGUGUAUGUCCGCACUGUGCUGGAGGCCAUUACCAAUGCUUCUAAAGAUCCUGGACCUGCGCGGCAGGAGGAGGACUGGCCGGCUCCCCCACCGCCUGAAGAGGUGCCUCCUCCCCCUGAGAGCGAGGAGAACAUCGUCCCUCCUGAUGACCCAUCACCUACGGCCGCUGUGUGCGACGAUGGGGGGGAGCAGGGGAUCGUUCUCUCACCACUUGACAAGAGUCGAGACACCUGCCCCAUCCCCCAGGCCUGUGUCACGGUGCAGCCAGAGAGAAUACCAUGUGGGGAAAAUGUAACUGUGUACGUCAUCCUGCUGAAUAAACUGGACGAUCAGGAAAACGUUGAGAUGGAAUUUUCGGGUGAAGACCACAGCAAACGUGUUCCUGGAAAUUUUGUGAAUGAGUAUACCGUCAGUGGCCCGUCACCUGAUAUGCCAUCAGGAGAGGUGACUCUCACCCUGUACAGCCACAACUCGCCAAUUUGUUCCAAACGCCUGACUUAUUACACACCAAUGGAUGAAAUAAACUACCAUCUGGACAGAGCAAUGGACCCUGUCCAGUUCAUGUGCCAGGCAUUUGAUAUCACGAGUAACGCCACAGAAUCACUGGAUAGUUUACUAACUGAAUCUCUCAAGUCCCGAAUGCCUCCAAAUGGACUCAAGGUGUUUGGAAUUUGUCAACUCGAGGAAGAAAAUCUCUCCGUUAAUCAGAGAGAUGAGGAGUUGCCAACGUUGCUCCACUUUGCAGCAAAAUAUGGACUCAAGAAACUGACAAUCGUUCUCCUGCAGUGUCCUGGUGCUUUGCAGGCUUAUAGUGUAGCGAACAAGCAGGGGGACUAUCCCAACAGCCUAGCGGAAAAGAACGGCUUCUCUGCUCUACGACAGUUUAUGGACAACUAUGUUGAGUCAGCAGACAUGAUUGAAACUGACAUGCAGGAUUCUCUGGCCGAUCCAAUAAACGAGGACGUGUACGAGCCCAUGACCCGUCCAUCUCAGGAGACACAGGACAACAUCCCUAAGUACUCGCUCAAGGAGGACAUCUAUGAGUCCAUGAGAGAGCUGGCCCCUGAGUAUGAAGGCCUAUAUGAAGAUAUGGAGACUGCAUUAGGAGAAACACAUAACCAAGAAGAUACUUUGCUGCGAAAGUUUUUCGAAGUGCGCUCAGGGCCACCUGUUGGCCUAGAGAUGGGCCACAUGCCUGGUGAGCACCAGCUGCGAGAGGAGGAAGAGGAGGCUGACUUCCUGGAGGGGGAGGAGGAAGAGGACCCCUACAACCUCUGUAUGAACGAGCAGAUAUACGACACAGUAGAUGACCAGUCGAUCGUUCCCCCCGAGAUCAUGAACCGGCCCCCAGCCCCGAUACCCAGGCCCUCGAGAACGUUGGACAUGCAGGAGAACAUAACGUAUAUCUCACGUGUGUUUUCUGAGAAAGACAGCACCUACUCCCAAUGCAAUCGCCAAGACCAGCCGCCCACACAGGUGCGGCCUGUGAGGGAUAGACUGCUAAGCAGUGCCCAUGACCCGUACGCUGGGAUGAAGACGCCAGGCCAGAGGCAGCUCAUUGCCCUGCAGGAGAGAGUGAAGGUGGGGUCGCUGACUGUGGAAGAGGCCGUGCAGGAGUUUAAGGCCUGGAAGUUUGAUCAGGACAAGCGGGGAAACUCCUUACGAUAUCAGCAGGAAAAUAUUCAGCGUUUGCGUGACAGCAUCACACGUCGGCAUAAAGAGAAGGGGAAGUCAUCAAUGGGAGAUCUGGACAUAACGCCGCCGAUGCAGAGGAACCUGCAGUGGCCCGGGGGCGUGAGUGUCGAGUGUGCCGUUUACGAGCCCGGUGUGAGGACCUCUGCUCCGCCCCCCCCGGUCAGCCGGACUCUACAGAGGGGAGGGUGGCAGACCGGCAGCACCUCCAGCAACUCCAGCAGCGAGAGCAACCGCCUGAGCACACUGAGCAACAUCAGCUACAGCAGUGGAGCAGAGGGGGACUUUGAGGAUGCUCCAGAUUUAGGCCCCCUGCCGCCACGACCCUCCCGAUAUGUUGACGACCCCCCACUUCCACCUCCCAGAAUACCCCCUCGGCUUCCAGAAAGGACUCCUGAGAGCAUGCUGAACGAGCGCUACAUCCAGAGUCCAAGCCGCCUCCUCCCCCAGCUUCCUCCACAGAGACCGAUUCCACCUCCGCCCGUACCACGGAGGCUGCGGUGAUGCGCGCCUCGACCUUUUCCACCUGUCGCAGCGCAUCUUUUCACUUUCAGGUAUAAAACCACUACCGCAUGUCAGGUAGUCGAGGUCGGUCGAUGGAGCGCUCACACCGUUAUCUGUGACGAAAGGGCUUAAUCUUUUGGACAAAUGUGUGACUUUCUUGAGACCGCUGUUGUGAAGGCAUGCCAUUUCCUCCCAAAAGUGGUGGCUUGUGAAAUAGACUGACAUAACUCAAGGUCUGCCUUGGAUCUCAGUGGUUUGAAUUGUGGCUGGCCAAUGAAGUGCGUAUAACCUGUAGUUCUAAUACAUUUUCCUUCGGUCGUAGCUUUCACAUUUUUGGAUGCAUACAAAAAAGACUGAUUUUGUUUGCUCAUUCAUUUUCAUUGUUCAGUGUCUUUCAGGAUGCAAUAUACAUUAAGACGUACCAUUUUGUGAACUGAAAAAUCUCAACUGCUUGAGAACUUCUUGGUGGUCUUGAUGUUCUCGUGGUCUUGUUUUCCCCAUUAAGCACACAAUUAGUAUGCAAAUCUAUGGUAGUGUCAUGUUGGUUGUGUCUGAGUAAUUCAGUAGACUAUUACAAACUGAAGUAUCAUAAUAAUACAUAAUAAUUGUGCUGACAAAGAAAAUCGAACAAACCAAAAUGUGCAAGCCUACAAUUUCUUCAACAAUGGCUUUUAUUUAUUUUUCUGUACUUUACAUGAUGAUGACAGUAAGCUGUGUGUAUGUGAACAAAAGUAUGCAUGUUUUAGAGACAUUUUAUAGAUAUUAGGCUGUUUUAUGCACUCCUUUGUGUUGAUUUAUGUGUGUAACCUAAUAAAGUGAUAACUAUGA